AUGUUUGAGACGAUCUCCGGCGUCGAGUCCCUAAAGAAGAACUACCGCAAAAUCGCCCGAAGACCCAACCUAGGUCUAGUUGAACAAACUUUCGUGUACAAAGCGAACGAUGCGGAUGAGCUUAUAUUCAAGAGAGAUGAUACCUGGUCCGCGUGCUUCGAGCGGUUACGCUCUUCUACGGAGAGAAAUGAGAAUGGCUUGGAAAUAUGCCUUGUUACCUCCGACACCACCAAUCUUGGUCGUGCGUUUUCCUUUAUUCACAGAAUCUUCCUUGUCGACCAUGAUAGUUUUCAACAAGCCUAUUCCGUGCCGAGUCAAAUGGUGAUCAGGAUUCUACAAAGCCAAUGGAAGUUAAGUGAUGAAACAAUGGCUAAAAUUACGGAAAGUGUAUGUGCAAAGGAGUUUUUUCUCCCAGCAUGGCAACCAAAGUUGCCAUCUCAUUGCAAAAAUGCGCAGCCAGAAGACUACGUCCAGGUGCCAUUGAAGUUUGUGUUCGAAUGGAUUAAUGCUCCGUACUACGGGACCGACCUUUCAGUUUAUGUGUUUCGACCAUAUGGAAAACAUCCUCAAGUAAAGACUUUGGAUGUUAUUCUAACUUCGAUGCAAUACGAGCACAUUCGGCGGGCGAUUGUGGUUGUGAACUCCCACGACACCCUAACGGAGCUACGCGACUUGCUCCCCCAAGUCUUGCAGCAUGAUGUUUCCGGCCUUCCGUAUAUCAUGCGGCUCUUCCGAGAUGUAUGCGCUAAGACCACCGAUGAGCUCGUCACUUUUCUAACAAAGGCAUGCGACGAUAUCAAUUAUAUUGUUUACGAAGGACGGCUUCGGCCGUCUGGAAGCAAGAUGCAAUAUCUUCGGCAUCUAGACGACUGCCACCGCAUCGCCAAGGACUGCUGUCGAAAAAACCGACGUACCCUUCAAGUGCUGCUCGACCAAGUUGACUUGAUUGAAGGGCCACGCACUGAUGACGAGACAAACCUGAUCAACGAGCUUGAAAUGGUGACGAAUGAUCUAAAUUACCUGCAUGAUGAGAUUGAUUCCUCGUUGCAAAGACUACCAGUUGUAUGCCGAGACGUUCGCGAGCAAUUGGAUUUUGUCCAAAUACGUCGAACAAACAUCUUGGGGAUUCUCGCCGGACUAUACUUGCCACUUUCGUUUGUUACCAGCUUUCUAGGUAUGAAUCUCAACCAAUUCACGCGACCUCAACCAUCUUGGCGCAAUGCCACCCGGAUUGAUCCAACCAAUCCGGAAAACAUCACCAUUUCCCAUUCCAAGAUUGUGAAUUCCGGAGCUAAUCAAGCAUGGUCUUUGCAAACCUUCUUCGUGACUGCGGUGCCACUUAUGUUUGGUACAAUACUUGCACCCCUUGUCAUUGGAAGAGUCAUUCGAGUAUUCCUGCGAGCGCUUGGACGCGGAAGAACUUGGUGGCGUCUUCUGUUGGCCUUUUUUGUUAUCGUUUAUUGCACCGUUGCGGCCAUAUUAUGUUCAGAAUACCAUUCGGCGGAAGCGUGGAUGCUUCUGCCAUUGUUUUUUUUCAAUAUCUUCCAUUGGUCCUUUUUUGUCAUGAGGGAUAGAAAAGAUCGACUUUGUCUGAUCUACUGGCUCGUGACCAUCGCCUGGGUGCUAAUGAUUGUAUAUUAUGUGGUGAAUGUUGUUGCUUUGGGGGUCAUGGGGCCAUUUUACAGCAUUUCUCUUUUUGUUGUCUGGUGGUUGAGGCCAGAUUUCUAUUACAUAUGGGAUCAAGGAAGAAGACCGAAAGGGAAGUGGGCUUGGUAA